GGCUCAUCUGCUGCUCCUCUUUUGUGAUGUUUAACGCCAGCACAUAUAUAUGCUCGUACACUGUGUUCUUCUUGCGCUCGGAAGCCAUUCUCGACCCUCGUCAAUCCAUCUCGUGUUUCUUCACGAAGCGCCUUUGCUUCUGUACAACACAACUGUGAUCGUCACGAGAUCGUUUAAGUGAAAACAUCUAAUUCUAUUUAGUUCAUUGCUCUUUCUUUCUUUCUUUCCUUUUUUUUCACCCUCCGAACAUUGAUUAUAUCCAGAUCAACUCGUCAACACACACGUUUUCCUGGAAAGCAUCCUACGACGUAUUUCUAGACAAAACUUCAAUGGGACAUACGGCUCAGAUGUCAACGGUGUAUGAACCGAGGCAUACCUUUUCACAACAGCCAAGAUCAACUUAUGAAGACGACGAUUCAAUGGUUUCAUUUGGCUGCUUCGGACUUGGCCGCAAAAGCGCAUCGCCAACACGGCGUAGUGGCGAUGCUCUUCCCAAGUCACGGCCUGUCGCCUCCGCUCCAAGCACUAGCUAUGGCCUAUACGUGGCAUCAACCCCAGAAGUUCAAGGAUAUUCAAUACAGGGCAAAAGCGCAGAAGUACUAGGCCUGAUACCAAAGAGUGUGCCGACAACACCGCCCAAAACACGCAUGUCCACUCCGGUGCCGAGGAAAGUGCGAAGUAAUACAAGCUUUUCUCAGCCAAAAGAAAUAUCGGCUCCAAGCUUGAAGUCGAAUUCUCCACCACGUCAGCCACGGGCAGCGCAGGUGGCAGAUCCUCUGAUUAUUGUGCGUCGGCGACUAAGGGAGGAAAUGAGGAACGGGAGCAACGUCAGAUCCAGCUCAGCGCCGGCCCUUGCCAGAAACUACAGCCGGAAGUGGAGGAAGAGCCAUCAAAUCGAGGAGGCCCCCGACCAACCCGCCGGUGAUUUCUUCGACGCCUCGUCAAAGGAUGCCUCAAUCGCAGAGGACGAGAUUCCUGACACCAACAAGUUCGACCAGACGCUCAGCGAGAGCAAAGAGAACUCUGUGCGCAUAAUGUCUGCCGCAUACACCACCUUUGCUUGGAUGAAGCUCCAGGAGGAGGCUCUAAAUUUGAUGUCCCCAGCUGCUACAGAUCAUGCCCGAAGCUCGUGGCUGCUUGACGACGGCAAGUCGAUCAAACCAGCUACCAACACUGCGAACGAAGGCAAGAAGAGGACGCCGGGAAGUGCUCCAGGAUCUGCGGGUUCAGACUUGGCGAAGCGUGAUGAUAAAAGAGAUACCCUGGAGUGGAUGGGCGUGAAGCCCGGAGACUUCCCCACCCCAAUUCCAUCGACAUGAAAGCGGGCCUUUGACGACUGAAUACGAAGAGCUUCCUUUUUCUUUUUCUUUUUCUUUUUUUUUCCCCCUAAAAGAGACGUAAUAUGUAACUAUAGCACGGGACUCGUAAUCCUAUUGUUCUCCAUGUGUCCAAG